AUGGCUACCGAGCGGGCAUCCAGGCCAGAGAGACCCCCACACCCUGACCGCCUGUGGAUCUGGGAGAAACACGUGUACUUGGAUGAAUUUCGUCGAAGCUGGCUGCCCAUAAUCAUCAAGAGUGAUGAAAAAUUCCAGGUGAUCAUGCGCCAGGAAGAUGUCACCUUGGGGGCUGCUAUGACUCCCAGUCAGCUGACGCCUUACGAGCUGCCUUUAAUGUGGCAACUGUACCCUGAGGAAAGAUACCGAAGCAGUAAUUCCAUGUUCUGGCAGAUAGUGUACCACAUCAAGUUCAGAGACGUGGAGGACAUGUUACUUGAACUCAUAGACUCCAAUGAAUAA